AUGGAAAGACUCGCAGCGGCGGUCUACGGCGACGAUCCCCCAAGUCCAGAGGACGCCACGAUGUGGGAUGUUAUCGACGCCGCCGCCGCCGACUGCGAAUGUCCCGGUCCACCCCCGGAAUUCCUGCUGCCACCGCCCCCGUUACCCCCUUCCUUGCAACCGGCAGAUCCUAUGAUCUGCACCGAUGAUCCCCUGAUCGUCGAGACGUGUGACGCACUUCCGCUUAUAGAUGCAUCUUCCCAGACCUUGGCUGUGAUAGCUCUGUGUUCAGUGUUACUCGGACUACUUGUUUUCAUAGCUGUAAUUCUAGUUUGGAAGCAUAAAAGGGUACAAAACUUUCUCCUUUGUAAAAAUUCCCCUCAAAAUAACUGUGAUGGAGCUGCUGCCACUGGGCUCUAUGAAGACUUGAACGAAGUUAUGUUAAGGCAUACGACACCUCAUCAUCAUCAUCAUCAUCAACUAACCGGAGGACAUAUUGUGGCACCAUCUAUAGAGAAUUGCGACAAAAAUACAGUGAAAAUCCUUUUAUGCGAAGAGAUACAGCACGAAAUAAUAAUUAUUGCAGAAAACGACUUUUUAGCGGAUAGAUAG